GAUAAAUGGUCUGACGACGAUUCUGACGAAGACAAGCGGCCUAAUUUUCCAGAUUUUGAAAAGGCAAUUAAUCAAGGGAUUGAAGAUCUUGACGGUCCGGUCUUUGCAAAACUUAAUUGGAGUGCGCCAAAGGACGCAACCUGGGUUUCUUUUGGAAAUUCCUUGAAAUGUUACUCUGCCGCCGAUAUCUUACUUCUCCUCAAAGCUUCAGACUUUGUCUCAUAUGAUAUUUUAGCUCCGUUCUCCUUGUGUUCUGACACGCCUGCCUCUGAGCAAGCACAUGUCGACCUCAAGCUUAUUCUUCGUAGAUGGCGUGACUUUCGUCCCGAGGGCGAAUUCAGAUGUUUUGUGAAAUCCCGUUCUAUCAUUGCCAUUUCUCAAAGGAACUGGGACGCCUACUUCACCUUUGUGGAUACUGAGCAGGCAAAGAUAAUACAAGCGAUUUCAAAAUUCUUUCAAGAAAAAGUCAAGGACCGAUUUCCUCUUCAAAACUAUGUACUGGAUGUCUAUACCAGCCAGAACUUUCGCUCUUCCAAGUGUGUUAAGAUUAUCGACUUCAAUGUAUUCGGUCCACCCACGGACGCGCUUCUUUUCGAAUGGCCGGAACUGGAAGCUGCAACUCCGGGUCAGGAAAUCUGGUUUCGGAAGCAAGAAGACAAAUCGUUAAGGUCUGGCAACCUCAAUAAAUACAAAAUUCCGAUCGACCUGGCUGACAUCGCUUCGGGUGCUGACCCUUCAAAAUUGAUCGACCUAGUACAAGCACAAGUUGAAGAGCAAAACGAGGCCGCCGCGAAAGAAAAGCUCAGUGCAUCAUGA